UUUUUAUGGAAGAAUAUCUCUUUUUAUUCCUGAGGAACCGUAACCAGCAAACUACAUGUUAUGGUAGGAAAAAGAUCUGGAUCUCAUAACCUACCAAAACGACUUCAUGAACGUGAAAGGUCAAUUGAUAAUGUGGCGAAUCCGUAGGCAACAGAGAUUAUGACUCAUCAACCUUUCUCUUCGUGGCCAAAUAAUUUGACCAAUAUAAUAAUCUGACAGCUCAGAGAGCCACAGAUUUGUCAGUAAUAAUCGGACCAAUGAAAUUUAAAACAUCAAUUAUUGUUGAAGUUUUGUUGGUUGAUGACGUUUCAAAACCCAUUGCUAUAUAUAUAAGCGCAUGUGUAGGGCAAGUUGAAUAAAGAAGAUCGAUCAAAGGAGAAAGAACAAAAACCCUCAAAACACCUUAUAACAAAAAACACAAAAGAUGGCGAAUAUGAUUAUUAAGAAACAAUUAAGAUCUAUAAGUUUACCUUCUAGGUCGCAUCCAAGCACGAGUGGGCUCGAAGAUGCUCUUAAUAAGAUUAAAACAAUCACCACAGGUUCAUCCGAGUCGAUCUUGAUGGGCUUGGCUGGUUUGGAGGAGCUCUACAAUUGUAUGGAGGAUUUUCUGAAAAUGGGUUCAACGCAACAGGUUAUGUCCUCUGGUGGGUCGGAGUUCAUGGAGGAAAUGCUUGAUGGUUCGUUGAGGCUGAUGGAUAUAUGCAGCGUCUCAAGGGAUCUAAUGGUGGAUACUCACGAGCAUGUUCGUGGUGUUCAGUCAUGUGUUAGAAGAAAGAAAGUAGCCGGAGGAGGAGGAGAUAAACUCGAUGUCGCUGUCUCGAGCUAUGUCGGAUUUAGGAAGAACAUGAGAAAAGAAGCUAAGAAGCUUCUAGGAUCCUUAAAGAAAAUCAAUGGAGGGUCUCGUUCAUGUGAUAAUGAUCAUGAAGAUGAACAUCUUGUGGCGGUUAUAGAUGCGAUGAGAGGAGUGAUAUCCGUAAGUGUCGUCGUAUUGAAGUCGUUCUUGGAAUUCUUGUCCAGACCAAAAAGUAACAUAAAGAGCAAGUUGGCUUCGGUGCUAAAGAAGAAGAAGGAUAAUCAUGAGGCAACCAAGAACGAGUUGGAGACAUUAGAUUCCGCGAUUUGCGGAGAAAUUUCCUCUCUCGAUGAUCUACAAAAGGAGCUUGAGGAGGUUGAGAUGAGCAUUAGUGGGUUCGAGAGAAAUCUAGAAGGGUUGUUUCGAAGGUUGAUAAGAACACGAGCCUCGGUUCUCAACAUAAUCUCUCAUUAGGAAGAAGUUAAUAUAUGCAAUGUAACCUUCGUGAGCAUUCGAUUUUAGAGAAUUUGCCGGAGGAAUGCAUAUUAUAUAGAAGCAUAUAUAUAAAAGAUUUUGGACGCUAAUUACUAAACUGAUAUAUGUAGAGAAAAUGUGUAAAAUAGAUUCACCAUUGCAGUUAUAUACC